GUUUUGUUGGUUCUCAAGAUUGAAGAUGUCCGAUCCGGUUGUUGAAGGCUGGACGCUAUAUGCGGUUGGCGUUGCUUCGACGAUUCUCAGAUUUUAUGCUCGUAUGAGAGUAGAUGGUUUGAGGAGUCUUCAGGCGGAAGAUUAUCUCAUGGCCAUUUCAAUUGCCUUUUACACCAUCCAGACAACUCUUGCAUACAACAUCGGAAUCCUUGCCCAUGGUCUCGCAAACAAUGGAAUAACAGAUGCUCAACGAGCGGCAUUGUCACCUAGUGACCCAGAAUAUGAUUUCAGAAUAAUUGGCUCCAAGAUCCAGGUCGCUGGCUGGACCAUAUAUUCCGCUCUCAUUUGGUCCUUAAAAUUGUCUAUGUUGUACUUCUACACUCGCCUGACGACCGGACUUGGUAGGCCUUAUCGCAUCCGGAUAUACGUGGGGUUCGGUCUUGUCAUUGGCACUUUCAUUGCGACGAUGGUAGCGAUCUUUGCUGGCUGUCGGCCAUUCCACAAGUACUGGCAGAUUAACCCGGAUCCUGGCAACUCUUGUCAAGCUGCCAUCUCGAAGCCCAUUGUCUGGGUUUCGUUUGCAGCUAACAUCUCAACUGAUAUCUAUCUUAUCGCAAUUCCUUUGCCCAUGCUUUGGGGAUCGAGCUUGAAAAUGAUCAAGAAGAUUGCUUCUACGAUUGUGCUGGGGGCCGGUAUCUUUGUCCUCGUCUGCGCAACCUUGAAGAGUGUUUUCGUCCUCGUGGAUCCCGUCCAUGGAGCCGAGCUUGCUGGAGCUUGGGGCACUCGCGAAGCCUUCGUCGCCGUUAUGACAACCAACUUACCGAUCCUCUUCCCGCUCUUCAGAAUCUGGCUCACACCAAUCUUUGGAAGUGUGCUACGCUCCUCUAACAAGACAUCCUAUCAAUAUCCUUCCGGGUUUCAGACAAUUGGCGGAGGAGGACGAAGUGGCAAAAGCAACGACCCGAGCCGACGAGGACCUCCGACCGCGAAUCCGAUAUCAGCGAAUAUGUCAUUCAAUAAUAGCGAGGAACGGAUCGUAAAAGCGGAAGCGCACCGCAUGAACGACUUGACGGAUUACAGUGGUAACGUAUCUAAGGGGAUCAUUGUUUCUAACGUUGUUGAAGUAAUUCAUGAAGACAAGAAGGGCGGUAGCAGUAGGAGUAGAGAUGGUUCUCAAGGGUCGUGGUAG